UUUCUGAAAUCUAACCUAAAAUUUAAAUCCUUGACAAAGUUUAUUGCAAUCAAUCUGACGUUUUUAAGAUGAUUUAGUAUAAUUUAUGUUUCAUCCAGUGAAUUUAUAGAUUUUCUCAAUUAAAAUGUCAAGAUAUUCUAAUCAUUUGAUGUAUAUGACUCCUUUUGAACAACAUAAGAGGCUCAUCAAUGUUUAUGUUCUUCAACGAAAAGGAAGCUCUGAACUUCUAAAAAGAAAUACAUCCAGAGACAAACGCGACAUAGAUGUCAUUCGUGAAAACCAUUGUUUUCUAUGGGAAGACGACGUUGAGCCGAAUUCAUGGGAGAAAAGACUGGCCAAAAAGUACUAUGACAAACUAUUCAAAGAGUACUGCAUCUGUGACUUGAGUCUUUACAAAGAAAACAAGGUUGCUAUGAGAUGGCAGACUGAACCCGAAUUGAUCUCAGGAAAAGGCCAGUUUGUUUGUGGUGAGAAAAAAUGCGCAAAUAAAGAGACAUUGAGAUCGUGGGAGGUGAAUUUCGGAUACAUUGAACAUGGGGAAAAGAAGAAUGCUUUAGUCAAAUUACGAUUAUGUCCAGACUGCUCAGAGAAACUGAACUACAAAACGAAACGGAAAGAAGUGAAAAAGAAGAAACUGAAGCGACUGAAGUCCAACAAAGAUAGAAAACGUGAGAAGGUGUCGUCAACUGAUGCACAGAGUGAGACAGAAGUGGACCAGCAACAGACGGAAGACACAAAUUGUGAGGAAAAUGAAGAUGCCGAGGCAGUUAGUAUUUGGAAACAGAAACCACCUGACCUUGAGGAACCUUCCAGAGAUGAGGAGUUUGAGGAAUAUCUAGAAGAGCUUCUACUUUGAACUGAAGUAGACCAAGGACUGAAAUACUCUUGAACGUGACAGAAAACCUGGUACUAUAGUGGGGUCCACGUUAAAAAGGCAGUACAGUCGAACCUCUGUAUAACGAAGUCGGUUAUCCCGACAAAAAAUUCACUGCAGAGAGGUAUUCGUUAUUGAGAGGUUGUUCUGUCAAGAAAAAUGCCACGAUCUGAUGGAUCGUGUAAUAUGGUAUCACGACGGUAAAUAAAUUUGGGACAUACAUUUAUUUCCUCCAGAAAGCUUGACUUGUACUAUUAGUUGAGUUUAAUCAAAGUAACUCAGUAGCAAUAUUUUUCAUCAAUUUCAUUCAUCAAAGUUAUUUUACUAAUUUUCACACUACUAUUAGAUUGAACACAAAAUACGGUAAUUUUUCAAUAACUUCACUACAAAUACUACAAUAACUCAACUCUCCUAUUCUUAAUGUUUUAUUUGAAGAAGUGAGUAAUUUCCGGUUGAAUUCUUCAUUUGAAUAAAACAUCAUGAUCAAUAAACGACUCACAUCUAUUCAAACAGUCGAACAUGUUGUCUGGUACACUAUUUUUCAGUUUUAAUCCUUGCUUGAUAAUUUUGAACGCUUCUAGAAUUCUUGAUCUGACGGAUUCUUCUCCUCAGGUUCGUCACAGCCAUCAUAGUCAGUUCAAAGAAUUGAAAUGUGUGACAAAAGCAAGAAUGGGAAAGUCCAGUCGUUCACCUGCCUGGUCUACAAAUGACAAGUUCUUGGAAUUCAAUUUCCGACAUGUGUUUCAACCUCUAUUGACUGUCUACCACCCUAUCUUCUUCCUACCUGAUUUGCCAUCAUUUUUAGUCUAUAAUUGACCUUUCUGCUGAUCCUUGAAAAUGACCGUCUGCUUCCUAUACACAACACUACAUUUUGUAUGUUGGAGUCUAGAGAAAACUCUGUUGUUGAGAGGGCCGAAAUUCGUUAAAUAGAGGUAAAUAAGCUGUCAAACUCUAAAAUGUCAUGGGACCAGGUAAAAAUUCGUCAUGUAGAGGAUUUCGUUGAGUGGAGGUUCGUUAUAGAGAGGUUCGAUCACGGUAUUUAGAUGAAAACGGUAGGGGUUAUGAAAUGUGUGCGCAGUGGCCAGCCAGCUAGAUUACGUCAUCGCCACCAACCGAGGUUUUUAACACCUAUUGGCAAUUUUAUAAAACUUAUUAGUUAGAACCAGAUGAUUGUAUAUAAAAUGACGUCAGCGACACCGGAAAUUCAGCACAAACAUGCGCGUGACACCUACCGUCUUCUUCUAUAUACCGUGGGUUCGACUGUAUGUGAUUAACAUUGUUAUUGCUAUCCUUGUCUAUUAUCCUUGUAUCAUCUUCGUACCAUCCUUGUAUUAUCUUUAUCUAGUGAGGUCCACGUUAUAAUGGCAGUAUUUGAUUAACAUUGGUGUUGCUAUCCUUGUCUAUCAUCCUUGUAUCAUCUUCCUACAAUGAGGUCCACGUUAUAAUGGUAGUAUUUAUGUUGCCAUUUUAACGUUAAGUGCAAUGUGCUAUUUUAUAACAUUGAAUUAUAAUUAUUGUAUUUUUU